AUGAUGUUGAACUCGUCGUUCGAGACGUCGAGCGGCAAUAUUUCCACGUCGUCAGCGACCACCCCAAUUUCUCUCACGGCUAUUUCAAAUCAAAUACCCGAUGGCGCCAGGAUUGACGCGCUCCGUGGAAGGCGGGUCAGGCAGCGUCGUCGUGCUGCUGCCGCUACUGCAGAUAUGCAGAUAGAUUCGGAGGUAGAGGAAGAGGAGGAGCAGAUUGAUGUAGAUGGCGAAGAGGAGGAAUUAGAGGACGAGGACAAAGAUGAGCAAGUUGAGGAAGAGGAUGAUCAGAUUCUGAUCUCCACCAAGGGCGAUGAGGAUGAUGAGCCACCCCCACCCGUGCACCCCAAACUUCGCAUCAAGCUCAAGCUUCCAACCGUAGCUAGCUCGAGCAACAGUCCUGCAGAAAUUGACGUAGAGUCCGAAGAUCCAUCUCAAUCCGAGUCGGAAUGA